UAUUAUACAUAGAGAAAGCGAUGGAAGUUGCUUUGAUAUUCAUCACUCAAUUGAUAUACCAAAACUCUCAAAUACCCAUAACCUUGUUUUUUCAAUGUUAUAACCGCAUACGGAAACACUCAAACUUGCAACCACCUCUCCCACCAGGGCCAAAGCCAUGGCCUCUUGUUGGCUACCUCCCAGCAAUGUUGUCAAGCAACAACUUUUCAACGCACCAAUGGAUUCAUUCAAUUAUGAAGCAAUUCAAUAUUGAAAUUGCUUCCAUACACCUCAAAAAUACAUGCAUAAUCCCUGUCAUUUCUCCAGAACUCGCUCUUGAAUUCCUUCAAGCAUAUGAUUCUGUCUUUGGAUCUCGCUCCUCCAUUUCUGACGAUGUCGAUAUGUUAACCCGUGGAAGUGUCUCCACAAUAUUAUCGCCAACUGGACCCCAGUGGAGGAAGAUGAAAAGAAUUCUCACAUCGGAGAUACUCAAUCCAUCAACUAUCCAUCGAAUGCUUGGCCAAAGAACCUCUGAAGCCGAUACUCUUUUAUGCUAUAUUUUCAAUCAAACAUGUAAAAAUGGAGGAGGUGCAGUGAUUAACGUUAGAAGCAUAACACAACAUUAUUGUGGUAACAUCUUAAGAAGAAUGUUAUUCAAUAUAAGAUACUAUGGAAAAAGGAGGGAAGAUGGAGGGCCAACUUUUGAAGAAGAAGAACACAAUCAAGCAUUGUUGACCGUUGUUAGGUGUGUUAAUGCAUUUUCUAUAUCAGAUUUCAUUCCUUGUUUGAAGCCUUUUGAUUUAGAUGGACAUCAAAAAAUUCUGAAGAAUGCUUUGAAUGUCCUUCGAAAAUAUGACGAGCCGAUUAUAGAAAAGAGAGUGCAACAAUGGAGAAAUGACAAGAAAAUAAAAGGGGCAGAGGACAUUCUUGACAUCCUCAUUUCACUUAAAGAUGACAAUGGAAAUUUUUUGCUGUCCAUAGAAGAGAUCAAGAUUCUAAUCAUAGACGUACAACUUGCAACAGUAGAUAAUCCUUCAAAUGCAGUGGAAUGGGCAAUGGCAGAAUUACUUGAUCAACCAAAAGUUCUCGAAAAAGCUGUUGAAGAAUUGGAUAAAGUAGUUGGAAGAGAGAGAUUGGUUCAAGAAUCGGAUAUCCUAAAACUCAAGUAUCUCACGGCUUGUGUUAGGGAAUCUUUUCGACUUCAUCCAUUUUCACCCUUCAAUGUUGCCCAUGUGUCCAACUCUGACAUUGUAAUUGCUGGCUACUUUAUUCCUAAAGGAAGUGAAGUGUUGUUGAGUCGUUCAGGUCUUGGUCGAAAUCCAAGGAUUUGGGAAGAUCCAAUGAAAUUUGAUCCAGAACGUCAUCUAAAAGAUGGUACAGUUGAAUUGGGAAUUUCAGAACCCACUUUAAGAUUCAUCACCUUCACUAGAGGGAGGAGAGGUUGUCCUGGUAGCUCACUAGGAACUAACAUUACCAUGAUGUUAUUUGCUAGACUUCUACAAGGGUUUUCAUGGACUUUAUUGCCAAAAUUCACAAAGAUAGACUUACCUCAACCCAAUGAAUUAUCUCUAUCAAAGCCAUUGCAUUUGCAUGCAAAGCCACGUUUAUCUCAUGAUAUGUACCAAGGCUUUAUUGACCAACAAGCAUAGGCUACCUAAGAAACAGUGUCUACAAGAGAAAAAUAGGCAGUCAUUUUUUUUUCAUACAUAUGCUUGUGUGGUUAAUAUCACUACUAUAAAAUUGGAUUUACUUGAUGCUUUUUAAUUGUCAAGUAUUGGUUUACUUGACGCUUUUCAAUGUGUCAACUAAUCCAAUGUCAAGAAUAAGGAAGGUUUACUUGACAGUUUCUAAGUGUCAAGUAUAAUUAUACUUGACAUUGAAAAAACGUCAAGUAUAUAAUUAUGCUUGACAGUUUUUAUGCGUCAACUAAUCCAGUGUCAAGAAUAAGGGGGUUUUUAUUUUUGACAGGUUUACAUGUCAAGUAAAAUUAUACUUGACAGUUUAUAGGUAUUAAGUAUAUAAGAUUUGUUCAAAUAAAAAAUUAUGUAUUUUAAUAUAUCCAUAUAUUUUAUCAUUCACCUGUUU